UUGAAAAAAGAACGUUAUACGCAAAACAAAAAAAAUUAAAUAAACGAUUUCGAAGAAUUAAAAGAUAUUUUAUAAAAUAUAAUAUUUACGUUUAAAAUGGUGAAAAUUGAAGAAGAAGAAUGGUAUCUAAGUAUUUGCCAACAGUUGAAUGAUUUCUGUAUGAAAGUGGAAGAGAAAGUGCAUGAGAACCAGCAGAAGUUAAUGGCACGAGAGGAGAGAAAUGAGCGGAAAGCCAAAAUUAUGCAAGAACGCAAACUUAAUGCUGAGCUGACAGAGCAAUGUGCUAGAUUGAGCAACAGGACGGACGAGCUUGCGAGAGCCUGCAACAAGUUCUCCAAGCUCAGCAUCACUGACAACGACCAGCUGAGACUUGACAACUUGAAGGAGGGUCUGGAAGUGUCUAAAGAGUUGACAGGCAUUAGAUUCGACUACAGCGCUCCGCAGAACGUCAUCAAAGGAUACAUAAAGAGCGAGUAUCGCAAACUGCUGUUGCCCUUCGAGGUGGACAACCCGGAGGCUCUGUGGAGCGCCCUGCGCACCGGCGACUGCGGCCCGCGCGGCAAGGAGAACUACAACCCCAACUAGCGUGAACGUCACAUGUUACAUACAGGGUGUCCCGUAAUUAAUGGACAAAACGUAAAUGGUUGAUGCAACACACAACCAUGUAAAAUUAUAUAUUUAAACGUCGUCUUAAAGACUACUUUUUAUCACAGUAAUAUAUUUAAGUUUUGACGGCCGCGUGGCGCAGUGGGUAGUGACCCUGCUUUCUGCAUCCACGGCCGUGGGUUCGAUUCCCACAACUGGAAAAUAUUUGUGUGAUGAGCAUGGGUGUUUUCCAGUGUCUGUGUGUAUUUAUACAUUAUAUAAGUAUUUAUAUGUAGUAUAUAAAUGUAUAUGAAUAUUAUAAUAUCAACUAUCUUAGUACCCAUAACACAAGCUACUCUGUAUGCUUACUUUGGGGCUAGAUAGUCAUGUGUAUUGUUUAAGUAUAUUUAUUUAUUUAUUUAAGUAUGUAAUAUCAAUUUAAGUAAGUUUAUUUUAUUGUAUAUUUGUAUAUAAAUAAUAUAUAUAUAAAAAUAACCAAUUUGAAACAUUAAUUACGGAAAACGGGACAUCCUUUAUAUAGGAAAUUAUGUGGAACGUCACAGAUGUUAUUUAAUAUAGAUAAGAUAAUUAAAUGUUUUACUUAUAUGGAUCGUCACACAUAAUAUUUAAGGGCUUUUAAUAAUAAUAAAAUGUUUUACAUAUGU